AUGGGUAAAAAGCGAAAAUUUGAGAAAGAUUUCUAUUUCGAUUGUCAAUUUUUUAAACACCUUUGGCGAAUCGUUAAAUUUCUUUUAUUUCCAAAGUUUAAUUGGGCUGUUUCACUUAUAUUAUCCACUUUAAUUAUUGCUGUUGGAAGCGAAGUCGUUGGUUAUUUUACUGGUUUGGUUCCAGGGAAAAUGUAUCGCGCGUUGUUGAACAAGGAUAAAGAUGAAUUUUGGAAUAUUAUGCUUAGAGGAACUUUACUGUAUAUCGGAAAAACCUUACUUAUCGCAUUAACGGGUUAUUCAUCUUGGUUUCUCUACUUAUGGUGGCGUCGAAACUGCGUUUAUCAACUUCAUAAACGAUAUUUUAGAAAUAAAGCUUAUUAUAAUAUAAAUUGCAUCGAUGAUUAUGGAGUUGAUAAUCCAGAUCAACGUAUUACUCAAGAUGUUGAACGAAUGACAAAUAAGCUUGCUAUUAAUAUUGUUCCGAACUUGAUAAUUGGACCAUUCGUUAUUGCAUAUUAUACUUACAAGACUGCAAGCACUGCUGGCGCUCUUGGUAUCGCGCUUAUUUAUGGAUAUUUUGUUAUUGGUGUUAUUGUAAAUAAAUUAUUGGUUUCGCCGAUGGUGAAAUGGAAUGCGAGAACUGAGAAAGCUGAAGGUGACUUCAGGUACAAACAUGUAACGGUUCGCAAUAAUGCGGAAUCAUCGGCUUUGCAUAAUGCAGAAGAUUUCGAGUUUGAAGAAUGUAAUCGUAUUUUUUUAACACUAUGGUGGCGUCAAGUUCGAUUUAUUUCAUGGAAACUGCCAAAUCUUUUCUGGCAGCAGUUCUUCGAUUAUUAUGGAGGAAUAUUAAGUUAUGCGAUACAAUAUAUACCAAUAUUCAUGUUGCAUAUUUAUGAUGAUAAGCCACCGUCGGAUAUUGCGAUGGCCAUAAGCAAUAAUGCUUUUGUAUAUAUAUAUUUGGUGAAUAGUUUUACUCGUAUAACGGAUUUGAGUUUAUCUCUUGGUGAGAUGGCUGGUAUCAUUGAGCCAGUAUCUUUCUCAAUUGAUCAGAAUUCUGCAGAUUUGCUAAUCAAAAAUAAUUUAGAGACUGAAACUCCUUAUAGCGACACCAUAAUGGAAAUAAAAAAUUUAUCGUAUUCUAUACCAACUAAUUCAGAUAUAACCCUCCUUCAAGGUGAACUUUCGUUUACAAAUUUGGAUGAGAAUAUAUUAGUGGUCGGCCCAAGUGGCUGUGGGAAAUCAUCGUUAAUUCGGGUUAUUUCUAGACUUUGGAAACAGGAUUCAGGAAUUGUGGUCCAAAAUACAAAAUAUAGAAUAAUGCGAUUGCCGCAAACUCCAUAUUUCCCUACUGGCUAUCUUACAUUGCUACAGCAAAUACAAUUUCCUUAUAUCGAAAAGAAUGAUUUGUCUUCCAAAGGUAUUUUUUCAUUUAUCUAUUUCAUUUUAAUAUUGCAAGAUACGUUAACACCUGGAGAGCAACAACGACUUGCAUUUGCUCGUAUACUUUAUCGUUUACCCCAUAUGGUAAUGUUGGAUGAGUCGACGAGUAGCGUAAGCAUAGAUUUGGAGAAAAAGAUGUAUGAACUUCUCAAAAAGGUUAAUUAUUAUAUGGUUAUUGAAUAA